CCUGUCGCGCCUGCCAACGAGCGAGGGGCAGGUCCUCGCCUUUUCUGUCCUGUCUGAUGGAACGCUGCGACGUGCGGCAUUUGUCCGGACCGUGGCCAGCCGUUUUGUUCUCUGUUUGUGUACGGCACCGCACCGCAACGCACCGGUAGCCUGUCUGUUCAGGGGGUGGUAGUACACUGCACCACCUCACCUUCCCCGAGGAACGCAAACCCCCGACUCGGAAUGGCAGGGCUCAGUUCCCGUCUCGGACUUUCUUCGUUGGCUGGCCGUUUUCGCCUCGAAACCACGCGCACGCACACGCGCACGACCACAGAUCUCGCCCUCGGCAGUGUCUUGAUCAGUAGGACAGAUGAUAGGUGGCGGCGAUCCCUCCCCAUACUACGGAUACUAAUAACUUUACCUCUUGACGGCCGCUCUUCCCCACCCAAAGCGAUCUGGUCACACCCCUGCGAUCGGGUUCGUUCGUUCCUCCUCGUCCGCCAGCCACGCAUCAUGACCAUGACCAUGUCCAUGUCCAUGCUUGUCCAGGGCAUGCUCGCUGACGAAACACGCCUCUGCCUCUCGUAUCUGGACCCUCGUAGGCGAGCUAGCCUAUUAGGUGCAAGUGUUCUUGUUUCGAAGCAGAACGCCUCUCUCCGGAAACACUCCCAGAAGUGGAAGCUAAUCACCCCGACCAACGACCCGAGGCGGCAGAAUAUACUCCGCAAGUCGUCUCAUGGAGGACUCCACCUCGGUAUUCGAUUCGAGGGCUUCGGCAUUUGUAGGAGAGGCGCGGACGGGGCCCUUGGCAACCCUUUCGAGUUGAAAACCACGGCAAGAAUAUUCAGGGCUGCGAGGACACUCGCCUCAACCUAG